GCCAGACUGAGGCCCUUUGCAGUGGUUCCGGACGUGCGCACCUCUCUCUGGGGUUUUGACACACAGAUCACACAUCUGGCCGUCCCCUCGCACUGCACACGUGCCUCAACAUGGUUGAUGACGAGGAGGCUCCUCAGGGAGUCACAGUGGCUGUGCGUGUGCGGCCCAUGUGGGUCAAUGGCCGUGAGAAGGGGUGCAAGAACGUGGUGCUCAUGGAUGGCAAUGUGACGAAGAUCAUCAACCCGGAAGAUGAAGACGAAGAGCCGCGGGAGUAUGCCUUCGACAAGAGCUACUGGUCACACGACCGGUGAGUGAGAACAUUAAUUUGAUGCAUAUAUAUGAGAAAUGGCGUGUUUGCAGAUACAAGGAUCGUGGUGACGGUGUGUUCGUGCCUGACUCGGAGGACUCGCCGUAUGCAGACCAGGACAUGGUGUGGGACGAGCUGGGUUCCAUCAUUUUGGGGAAGGCUAUGCAGGGCUUCAACUGCACUGGUGACACGGACCAAACUGACUCAGUCAUGUGUUGUCUCCUCUGCCAGUCUUUGCUUACGGGCAGUCCGGUGCGGGGAAGAGCUACAGUGUUGUAGGAUAUCACCCCAACGUCGGCAUUGUGCCAAGGUGACCUACAAGCAGAAAGGGUGCUGUUUGUCAUUGACUCUGCACCUCAUCAGGUGUCUGAAGGAGCUGUUCAGAAUUGCCGACGAAAAUCAAGACCCAAAGAUAAAGUACCAGGUCGGUAGAGCCAGCAGCGCGCCUCUCAGCACAAUGAACGGACCAUUAUUGGCCCGUUUGUCUGCAGAUGGAAAUCGCGAUGGUCGAAAUCUACAUGGACGAGGUGUACGACCUCCUUGUCCCCCGCACCAAGACCCGCCAUCCCCUGAAGGUGUUCAUCUACAAGGGCGAAGUCAUGAUCUACGACCCCAAGGUCCGUAUACUGCCCAGCUGCAGGCAGGCCACUCUGUGAGUCUCGCUCGUGUGUUUGUUCGUUGAAGGAUCGCAAGAACAAGGAUAAGAUAUGGAAGGCGUGCAAGGACUACCAGCAGGCUGAAGGUGAGACAGCCACCAGAGACGCUGACAGACACACAUGUUCUGUCUCCCCUUUCUGGCAGCCUUUAGGCAGAUGGGAGACAAGGCCCGCACGGUGCGGCCGACAGGCAUGAACCCCUCAUCUUCUCGCGCACACACAGUGUUCAUUGUCCGCUUUACAAAGAGGCGGAAAGAAGGAGAGGUAAGCAGCGCACCCACAUCCGCCUACAGGCAUGUCUAAUCUUGCACCCUUUCAUCCAUUCAGGCGUGGAUUGACGAGUUUCGCUCGAAGAUCAACUUGGUGGAUUUGGCUGGCUCCGAGCGGCCGGCCGACACCGGUCUGACGGGGAUAGGUCUGGAGGAGGGUGUGGCCAUCAAUAGCAGCCUCUCAUCGCUGGGUCGUGUUAUGAAGCAGCUUGUGGACGGCACACGGGUCAACUACCGGUCGUGCAGGCUGACAGAGGUUCUGGCGGAGUCGCUGAAUGGCAAGGCCAUCACCAUCAUGAUCGCCGCACUCAGCCCGGCCGACAUUAACUACAACGACACCGUGAGCACACUCCGGUUUGCUGACAAUGCAAAGAAGAUGCCCGUGGUAGCCAAGAAGCAGCUCAGCCCGACCGAGCAGCUGAUCCAGAACCUCAAGGCCGAGAACGACAAACUCAAGGCGCUGCUGAAGAAGGCAGGUAGGUGUGAGAGACACACGCACCUCGCACACGGUGCCAUCUCUUUCCGCGAAUGCAGGCAUCACGAUGGAAAGCGAUGAGGAUACAGAUGCAACACCUGAGGACCUCAAAAAAGCAACAAAUGACGCAAAGGUCAGCUCAUCUGCCCAUCCACAACAGAAUUCACGUUAUCUCGGUUGUGUGGUCAGGCCGCAGCCGACAGCAAGGCCGCAGACAAGGACCGCGCGGCCAAGGAGGCCCAACAGGCCUCGCAGCUCGCCGAGGCAAAGGCCAAGGAGGCGCAGACCGCCAAGGCUAUUGCCGCCCGGGCUCAAUCCAUUGCUGAGGACGAUGUAAAGGAGAAGGCAGUGGCGGCAAUGUCGCUGAGACGACAGGCAGCCGAUGAAUCGAAUGCGGAAACGAAAGCUGAGCUCGAAAGGAAGGCCGCCGAGGCCGAAGAGAAUCUCAUGUGAGCACAGAAUGGCAUCGGGGGCAAGGCUAUAUCACCGAACAAGGGUGCCACAAUCGUGUGUGCAGGCAGGCUGAGGCCAAGGCAGCUGCCGCUCCGGCAGAGGCUGAUGAGCAAAUGAAGAAGCUCGAGUAAGCUUCAACACUCGUGUCCGACAAGCUGCUCACAAUAUUGGUCGUUUUACUUCAUGCACAGAGACGAAAUGGCCGAGGCACAGAGAGUCGCCAAGGUCGACACAGAUAAGAUGCAGGCAUAAUGCUAUCUCUCACUGGACCUGUCUACCUCCCAGUCCAAGCUUGCUGAGGCCAACCGCCGUGCAGCUGAGGCAGAGGAGGCGAGAAUCGAGGCCGAGGAGGCUGCCGAAGUCGCCAGCAUGCAGCUCAAUGAGCUCAUGGAACGGAAACGGGCCGUUGAAAUUAUGCUAGCAGACCAACAACAGGUGCGACCAUGAGAGGCACUGACUUGUUGAGACACAGACGCCUCAUAUGUGUGUGUGGUUCGAUAGGACUUUGCUGAGAAGCUGGCUGAGAGUGAGGCCAAGGCCAAGGAGAUGAUGGCCGCCAUGCAUGACAUGGGGCUGAGUGUCAAGGAAAUCAUGGCUGCUUUUGGCGAACACGCGGACAUUGAUGAGAACGAUCCGUAUCUCUUCAACUUGGCGGAAGACCCGCUCGAUGCUGGUAAAUAGAGACAGCACACUCAUACACAAGGUGAGGUAAAAAUGGUUGUCUGCAGGAGCUCUGUUGUACGCGUUACCAGACGGUCAGACCAAGGUGAAACGGCUGGUGGCCGGAGACACCGAGAAAGCCAUCAAGCUGGAGGGCCAUAGGUGAACGAGAAGAUCGGGACGGACGCCACCACCUCAUCGGGUCUCUGUCUCAGUGUGCAACCCCACCACGCGACCUUUGAGAACACGAAAAAGGGUUGCUCCAUAACACCUGAGGUGCUCGGCAAUAGACGUCCUUCAGUGAGUGUGUCCACCGAAGGAGUCAUCUGUGUCCACCGUGGCAGGGCAAGGCGGUUACCUUCGUCAACGGCGAGCCGCUCACUGCCAAACGAAGACUAGAGCACGGAGACAGACUGAUCUUGGGCAAUGAAUUCGCCUUCCGGUUAGUGGUGCCGUCGAAGAAGCAGGUACGCCAGCUGUGAGCCGUGAACGUUCACACAGCUGACACCACCCGACGCGGGAUAUCUGUAGGAGCGGGAAAAAAAGAAAGUGGCGGAAGGCGAAAUAUACGACUGGGACGCGUGCUUCGAGGAACUCGCUAAGGCAAACGGUAUGAAAUCACGUUGUCGGAGGUGAAUGAAGGGGUUUGUUGUGCAGAUGUUGAUAUUGAAAGAGACAUAGCGGAGCUGAGGUCAAAGCUGGACUGCGAAUAUAAAGAGAAGCAGCAACAACUGGAGAAGGAAAAGGUACGACGUAGCAGAAGGUGGCUCAAUGUCGGUGUGCGUCUCCCUCUUUCAGGCUGCCCUCGAGGCCCAGCUGGCGCGGGAGCGAGCUAAGUUCCAGGCAGAGAUGGAACAGCUGAAGCGACAACGUGCCGAGGGGCAGGCAAGUGAUGAGAUCGACGACAACGAAGAGACGCAGAGGAUGUCUUUCGAUGCACUCGCCAGGCAACUCAUGGAACAAGUACUACUAGCACCACAGACCACACUUUCGUCCACACAUGAAGGUGUGUCCAUGUCUCACAGAAAGAGGAAGUGGAAAAGACCCUCAAGGACCAGGCCAACUUGGCCAGCAUCACCAGGGCACACACCGCCAUCGACACGGAUCUCAGAGUGGUCCGGUCGCAGAUGAGGGAGCUCCAGCCACGGCUGGUCGAGGCCAACAGGAUUUCCAAGGCGCUCUCGAUCGGAGUCAAGUAUUCCUUCAAGCUGCUCGACGUCAAAGUGCCUAGCACCAAGAGGGGCAAGAAGCAGGGUGGGGCUGAGGGUGAGGGUGAGCGUCGCGUGGUGCUGCAAAUCAUGGCAGAGAAGACCGGGGAGAGGAAGCUGUGGACGCAGGACAAGUUCAACAGGCGGCUGGUGCGGAUGGUGAGGAUCGCUGACAUGGAUGAGCCGCCUGCGGUGAGAAAGGCUGGGGGAUUGGAUGGAUGCAAGCACAUGGUACGUGUGCGUGUGUUGUGUGGCGACCAGGAGUCGGAUGAGGACAGUGACCCUUUCUGGGUGAGCAACUGAUCUAAUGAGGGAGACAUGGAAUGUAGGGCUGAUGGUAUCUCUUUCCAUUAGGACCACACUGAUCACAUCCUGGUGGGCUCUUGCGCUGUGGGACUCCGGCCGCUGCUCACACUCACCCCCAUCGAUGAAGAGGUACGUCAAUGAAGAGGUACAAACACAGACGCACCCUUUCCUCCCUCUCCCCUGUGUGUCUGUGUCCAGGUGAAGAUCCACUCCGUGGACGGACACGUGACGGGCAUCAUCCACGUCAGCAUCACUGCCGUCGACAGCGGCGGCAAAACGAUCACCAAGCCACUGACUGACCCACAAGUACACACAGAAAGAUAAAUCAAUGCAGACACUGCACUGCCCGUGAUCCAUCCCAUACAUGGCCUGGCCAUCUGUCUAUCUAGCACCUGCUGGGCCAGUCGGUGGCCUUUCGGGUACACAUCGAGACGCUCUCUGGGCUGCCCCUCAACGUCACGCACCUUUUCUGCCGAUACAGCUGGUUCCAGUCUGAGGGCCUCUCCCACAGCUCCUACUUCACGGGCCGCACUGUGGACCACUCGGCCGUUUUCGACGUGCCAAAGGUGGAACAGCCGCUGCUGGGUUUCUUCACCGAGAAACCCAUGCUCAUUCAGGCAAGCGAAGAGAAUGACAAUGGCGUGGACCCACACUGUGUCCCGCUCUGCAGGUGAGGACGUUUGAGGCCGAUGCGAUGCGCAGUGCGAUUGAUGCCAUGGCGGCCGUCGGCGGGCCGUCUCCAUCCGUCGCAGCAGCGGCAGCUGCUGCUGGGGCUGACUCGCCCAUUGUGCGUGAGCUACAGCAAGAGAUAGAGCAGCUGAAACGAGAGAAGGCCGACCUCCAGAAGAGGCUCCAGCGGACAGGGGCGGGAAACACUGCGCAGAAGUCUGAGUGCUGCUGCGUCAUGUAGCUCACGCACUCACUUGCCCUAAGGAUGCCAUUCAUUGUAGAGGUGUCUCUGUGGUGUGUGUAGCGAUCUGCAGUGCGCGGCCUGCCCCAUUCCAUUUCGCCCAUGAUUUAUCGACAGCGCAGUGGCCCCCGCUCCCCCUUAUGCACGCACACUUGGUGCGUGGGCUGAUCUGAUCCCUCGAUUCAUGAAGUCUCCCAGCCAUGGCCAUGCAACGCCAUGCACCCACACACAAACACGUCAGUCAGUCAUUGUCUGUGGUCCUGGUUUAUGCGUUCACACACACAUGCACACAUGCAUACACACGUGUACGCAACGCAAAACCACCCUCCCGCCCCGCCGACAUACAUAUACCGUACGUACUGACUGCAUCGAUCGGGGGCUGGGGGGAGAGUGGAAAGAAAAAGUAUCCAGGCACCACACCACACAGCAUGCAUGCCAUGCAUUGCAGCGGGCUCUAUAUCAGAGCUGACAUAAAUAAAUAAGAC